UUUGGUCUCCAUCUAACAAAAUGGCAUUCAUGGUAAUUUCACUUGCUUUCUCAACCUCAAGUGCAUUAUCCCAUUCACAAAAAUAUGACAGCAAAGGCAUCUGCCUUACAGAAGCUUUCAUGACAACAAUGGCGUCAACUUCUCUACUUUCCCCUUUUACUUUAAGUGGUACCACCAAUCUUUACAACAAGGUGAAAAACACUGCACAGAAUCUUAAAAUUCGAUGUUCUAACACGAAGCAUGCUCUUCAACCAACAUCUAUGGGUGGACCUAGGUUGAAUCUAUGUAAACGAAGGCAUGUUGGAUUGAUUCUUGGACUAUCUUGUCUCGUCAUAGACUCCCAUGAGAUAAAGGCUGCGGGAUUGCCUGCAGAGGAAAAGCCGAAACUAUGUGAUGAUGCCUGUGAGAAGGAGCUUGAAAAUGUACCUUUGGUGACCACAGAGUCUGGUUUGCAGUACAAAGACAUCAAGGUUGGUGAUGGUCCAAGUCCACCAAUAGGCUUUCAGGUUGCUGCAAAUUAUGUUGCAAUGGUUCCUUCUGGACAGAUUUUUGAUAGUUCACUAGAGAAGAAUACGCCUUACAUCUUUCGAGUUGGCUCUGGCCAGGUCAUCAAAGGACUUGAUGAAGGAAUUCUUAGCAUGAAAGUUGGUGGUAAACGGCGACUCUACAUCCCUGGAACAUUAGCAUUUCCGAAGGGUCUGACUUCAGCUCCCGGAAGGCCUCGAGUUCCCCCAAGUAGUCCUGUCAUAUUUGAUGUGAGCUUGGAAUACAUACCAGGCCUCGAGACAGAGGAAGAGUGAUCAACACAGAUUUUGAUUUUGUACUACCUAUUUGUGUGACAUGAAACGGAAGCUACAGCUCCGUUUCGAUUCUUUGUACAUCUUACUACAUGACCCGAAAUGUAUAAAACUCGGAUUAUUUAAUGUGAAAUAGUGUCAAUUUUGUUUCUAUAGAGAUGAAAAAACAGUUGCUUCUGAA